CUUCCGGUACUUCAUCCAUGCACAUGGGAAACAGCUGCUAGCUUAGCAAAUAGUAUCGAAAGUGGCACUAAACACCGCCAAAGAUGGUCCGGUUGUGUAGUAUCUGCUUUCGAAAGUAUGGAAACUUUGUGGAUAACCUGCGUCUCUACGUCCGAGGAGGCAGUGGUGGAAUGGGUCUUCCUCGUCUUGGCGGACAGGGAGGGGACGGGGGAAAUGUUUGGGUGGUGGCUUCACAGAACAUGACACUGAAGAGGAUCAAGGACAAAUAUCCUCACAAAAGAUUCAUAGGUGGAACCGGAGCCAACAGCAGUGUGCGAGCACUGAAAGGACAGAAAGGGAAGGACGAGGAGAUCUGUGCGCCUGUCGGCAUCACAGUCACCACGGACGUUGGCAAAAUAAUCGGUGAACUGAAUGCUGAUGGUGAUCGUCUUUUGGUUGCCAAAGGAGGGAAUGGAGGCUCUUUUCACUCUGGGUUUGAGCCCAGUAAGGGUCAGGUCAAGCACAUACGGCUAGACCUCAAACUGAUUGCAGAUUUGGGCCUUGUUGGAUUCCCAAAUGCAGGAAAGUCCUCUCUCCUGACAGCAGUGUCUAACGCCACUCCUCAGAUUGCCAGCUAUGCUUUCACAACUUUGAAACCUGAGAUUGGAAAACUAAUGUACAAAGAUUACAAGCAGAUUUCUGUUGCUGAUCUCCCAGGUCUGAUUGAGGGAGCUCACAUAAACAAAGGCAUGGGCCACAAGUUCUUAAAACAUGUAGAGAGAACCAAGCAGCUGCUGUUUGUGGUUGAUGUUUCUGGUUUCCAGUUGGCAAGUAAAACACCAUUUAGGUCGGCCUUUGAAGCAGUUCAACUUCUCACUAAGGAGUUGGAGAUGUACAAAGAGGAGCUUGUAUCAAAGCCUGCUUUACUAGUGGUGAAUAAAAUGGACCUGCCUAAUGCUGAAGAGAAACUGGUUGAACUGAAGGAGCAACUACAAAACCCAGAUGAGUUUUCCAAUCGGUUGCCCGAUGACAUGAAACCAAAGAACUUUCUGAGUUUCCAACACGUAGUUCCUGUUUCAGCCCUCACUGGUUUGGGUAUUGAACAUUUAAAAAGUUGUAUAAGAGAAUCCAUUGAUGAAGGUGCGGAAACAGAAUCCAGAGCCAUCCAUCAAGAAAGACUGCAGGCCCUGAGGCACCGCUCAUAGGGGUGUAUGUGACCAACCUGUCAACUGGUCAUUAAAAAAAUGGCUGACUGAAAUGGCAGAUAAACAUUUUCACUGAUGAGGCACCUGUGAUGACCGACACUGUGUGGUAUCAGUGCCGACCUGUUGGUGGCAGUAAUACAGAGACAUAUUUUAUUGACCUGCAUGUUACAGCCUCAGCACCCAAAGUUAUGAGGCCUCACAUGGUCAGCCAAACUUCAGACAGCUGUUUCUUUGGUCAGUUUUUCUUCAAAACCUCUGCUUAAAGGAUCCAUCUCCUUAAUUCGUUGUAAAUUCAUUCAAAGACUUAACUGUUAUGUAACAGCAGGGGCAGCAUCAGCUUGAAAAGAAGAUGAAUAAAAUUACAAAGAAUGUACCUGGCACUCUUGGAAUGAAAGUGUAUUUUUUUUAACAACUUAUUAUUUUACGUUUUGAUUUUUGUGCUAGUGUGUUGAUUAAAUUAUCUAUUUUCAGUGAUGUA